UUCAUUACUGCGAAUUUCCGACCAUAGUCACUCGUUUCUGAACUAUCGCAUCUUCACUCCUUUUGACUGAGCAUAUAGCAGCAUCUCCAUCGAAAUCUCAACCUUUGAUAUCAAGAUGCGUCACUCAGCUCUCGUCCUGUCAUUCAUGCUGGGUUUGGCUCUCGCAAAGCCCCAGCUUGCCUCAAGCGAGCUGAGUGGCCUCCCAGCCUGUGCUCAAGACGCAGCUGCCGCAGCUGCAGGAGCAUCAGGAUGCUCGUCAUCUGACAUCUCCUGCUUGUGCAGCUCCUCUGCCUUCAAGACCGCCAUAAGCACCACGAUCCUGCAAGCCUGCGGAACGGCCGAUGUUGAACAAGCUCUCGUAUGGGCCGAAACUGAAUGCGGGUCAUCGCUCACAGCCUCGACUUCAGCUGGCACCUCCAGCACCUCCAGCACCUCCAGCACUGCGUCUGGCUUACCAUCCAGCUCAGCAGCAGUGGCGGACGCUUCGACCACCACCGUACCCACGACUCUGACCUCGAUGACCAGCAUUGCUGGUGCUACUAGCUCUGGCGCGAUGGUGUCCGCAGCUAUGACCAGCUCCGUCUCCAGUAUGCCCUCAAACAUGACGACUACCAUGAUGAACGGCACCGCCUGUGGUGCAUAUACUCCUACAAGCACCAUGGCUGCAACUGCACCGGCCAUGUACACUGGCGGGGCGGCCAAUAUCAAGGCUGGACAAGGAAUCAUGGCUGCAGUCAUGGGUGUUGCUGGCGCUGUUGCAUUGCUGUAAGCAGGCUGGGUUUGGAGCGGCGACAAGAAAUAACCCUCAAGUCAUUCAUAUCAAAGUGCUACAGGAAUUGCAUGAGAGUGGCGUUUGGGUUCCUGAUGUUUUCGGUCCACAAUGGUCACACAUUUUUAAUCCUCUAGACUUUUCUUCUCAUAGCUCAAUUUCUCUUUCUU